AUGUCUGCCUCGUACUACUUAGUCCCGCCCACGUGCUACGGCACUUUGUCUCUCCUACACCAGGACCCCGGCAAAUCCCCCAAGAGCUCUGAUCCCGAAAACCCCGAAAAGGGGGCCUCUGGAGCCAAAAUCUUACAUCUCAAACCCCCGAAACGGGGCCCGGACGGCGGUCAGGUUAUGUGCCAGGUGCCCCCGAAACCAGGCGUCCGGUAUGAUCCUCGACCCCCGAACAUAAGGUCCAUCCGGCCUCGGAACGGGUGCCGAAAUGUGCCGGAAAGCUCUCGCAUGAAACCUCCCACAAUCCAUCCCUGCAUUGUUGUCCCGCACUGGAUUGUUGUCAGGCACUGGUAUAAGGUGUUCAGGAUGCCUGGAGUUGUUUCCGCCCUGCAUUUGAAUCUUUUGGUAACAGGGCUAUACGUCGCGGACUUGCGCGAUCAAGAGUUCGUGGUCGUCGUCGAUAUAUUGCGCUGGCAGUUGCAGCCUGAUUUCAUGGCUCAGAUACGCUCGCUCAGACUUGCAAUGGGUGUACACAAUGGUGGUAAAACCAUGUAUGAGUAUGUUGGUCGGUUCAAAGCUGCCAAAAAGCGCAUACAACUCCUCGAGAAUGCGCUGCGCAUGUCGGGUAUACCAGUCCCAUUGCGAAGUGACUUUUUGGCUGAGAUGUUGAUGGGCAAAGAGCUGAUGGGAAGUGGUCAUGCAGAAGUGAUGUGCACCAAAAAGCAUAAGAUAGAGGAGUAG